CUCUUUGUGGAGGUAAGUGCCCGCCACUCGCCACGGUUAAGCCGGGCAACGUGCAGGUGUGUGAUACCAGUCAGCGAGCUGCCGUGAUCCAGGACGGCCGCUUCUUCUCCCGUUCUUAUUAAGAGGACCUCAGGGAGGCCGAGAGGCUCGUAUAUAUAGACGGUGAAACGGUCUGCCAGAAGGCUGGAUAAACAGCGGCGUGAGGAGUGCAGGAAAAUAGCCGGGGCCGCUCUUCUCUGUCUCUUUAUACGCCGCGGCGAGGAGGCUGCAGGGAGGCAAAAACUAUCCGAGGGAAAUAAGCAAAAGGAAGAAGAAGACGAAGAAGAAGGUCACUACCCUUCCGAGAGCGGCAAGGCCAGCGGUGAGAUUACACGGAUUGCAUCGCUACAACGGACACUUGAAAACUCUGUCACAAUUUUGCCCGGACGAAGAUUGAGUCGUACACGCUAGUAGAAACGCACGCACGCACGCCUGAACGCAUGUAAUUCUCCUUAACGGAGGUUCGGACCUUCUGUGAUUAUUUGUGUCCGCAUAUCCGAAGUCUGCCUGAAAUCUAUAUCGCGAGUACGAUCCGACAGGAUCGGCCUUCUUUCUUGGCCCUUUACCGCAACGGCAUCGCUGAGUCAGCUGUUAAUCGAAACCGCUGAAAAUGAGGUGGGUCUGGAGAUGGCUGCUGUUAUUAGUGGCCUUAGGGGCGAUGACGAGUGGACUUCCGGUUCCCGACGAGAACGUGGACACGUCAACGGAGGUGCUGGGUUCCAGCGUCGUCACCUCCGUAUCCGUGGUAAUGGGAGAUGAAAACGGCAGUUCUGAGAAAGGUACUGAUAAAUCAGGAACCAAGAAGGUGACCAACGACCUCCCCGCUUCUACUAUCGACAUGCUGAAGCCCGACGGUUUCCAGUUUUACACAGUCGAUGAAAAGGGCCAACUGAUCACCCGCCAAAUGACCGACUCCGAGAUACAGAGCAUCAUCGCUGCCGGGGGUGGACCAUUUCCAAUUGAGACUCAAGACCCUGAGAAGACCGGAGAAAACAUAACUGGAGAAAUGAAGGUUGCUGACGUCGUUCAAAACGUGCAGAACGUGCUGAAGGAGGAGCUCAACAAGCCAGCGACGGUCAUGGGUACCAUGCCGACGAUACCUGGUCACGCGAACGCCGAAUGGAGCAGCAUUCUACCCUCAAUACUAGGAGGAGAGGCUGACUCAGCGCCCAUGACGGUACCAGAAGCCGAUAUGCCUGUGCUUUCCGUCCUUCCUGACCCAGAAACUGAGUCGAAUGUCAGCACGGUUGUGAAAAAGCCAGAAACCCCGGAAGCCUCUGCGGUAGCCAAGCCUCAGGAAGAGACUGCAAACCCAGCAGAUGACAAGAAGCAGUCUCCUGCUUCACCUUUGACUACUGAAGAUGCUGCAAAACCUGUCAAGGAGGAUUCUACAUCGCCCAAAAAACCAGAAGCGGCGAAAGAGCCUCAGCCAGUCCAGGAAAAACCCUCAGAGAAACCGGAAGAAAACCCAGAAAGGCCCAUGAUCCCAGUGCCUGUGAUAACGGCCGAUAGUGUCCACUCGACACCGGAAGCCCCGUCGACUACUGAGUCGAAGCCAGUGUACCAAAUACUGAACACGCUGUCAGCCGACGAAGUGAAACACGAAGCCGAAAAGAUUGAACCCAGCACUGUUUCCGAGAAGGAAUCUGAAAUUCCGAAAGGUGAACCGAAGAAGCCUGAAGUUCUUGAAAGAUUACCUGCCGCUGACAUGCCGAGCAUGACGACGCCGAAAACCAUCGAGAUGGAAGUGACGUCAAGCUUCGUCUCUGUACCACAAAAAGACUCUGAGAAACCGAUGACUGCUUCAGAUGUCAAAGUAGUUGAAGAAGUGGCGGAUUCCAGGCCGAUUAGCACGCCUCAAGGAAUACCCUCGAUCACUCUUGAAGCUCCUGCAGUCGUCCCGGAAGUACCUAUCAAAAUUAUGGAGUCUGUUGAAAAACCUGAACAAAAUAUUCCAGUGAAAAUUAUGGAGACUGUUGGACAGCCUGCACAAAAUGUUCCCGUAAAAGUUACGGAGCCUGUUGAACAACCUGCACAAGAUGUUCCCAUAAAAGUUACGGAGCCUGUUGAACAACCUGCAAAAGAUGUUCCAGUAAAAAUUAUGGAGCCUGUUGAAACACCUAUGCGAGAUGUUCCCGUAAAAGUUAUGGAGCCUGUCGAACAACCUACACAAGAUGUUCCGGUAAAAAUCAUGGACCCUGUCGAACAACCUACGCAAGAUGUUCCCGUAAAAAUUAUGGAGACUGUCGAAAAACCUACGCAAGAUGUUCCCGUAAAAAUUAUGGAGCCUGUUGAACAGCCUGUACAAGAUAUUCCAGUAAAAACUGUGGAGCCUGUUGAACAACCUACGCAAGAAGUUCCAGUAAAAACUAUGGAGCCUGUUGAAAAACCUACGCAAGAUGUUCCCGUAAAAAUUAUGGAGCCUGCCGAAAAACCUACGCAAGAUGUUCCCGUAAAAAUUGUGGAGCCUGUUGAACAACCUACACAAGAUAUUCCAGUAAAAACUAUGGAGCCCGUUGAAAAACCUACGCAAGAUGUUCCGGUAAAAAUUAUAGAGGCUGUCGAAAAACCUAUGCAAGAUGUUCCCGUGAAAAUUAUGGAGACUGUUGAAAAACCUACCCAAGAUGUUCCCGUAAAAAUUAUGGAGCCUGCCCAGGAAUCUGUACAAGAUACCCCAGUGAAAGUUAUAGAGCCUGUUGUAGAACCAGCACAAGAUGUUCCCGUCAAAAUUAUGGAACCUGUCGAAGAACCUGCACAGUAUGUUCCCGUUAAAGUUGCCGAGCCUGUUGAAAAGCCAUCAAUAGAGUCUGAUAACAAGGAGCCCCUUUCCACUCCUGAAGCAACAACUUCAGCUAUGACUAUGGAGCAAGAGAUGGUGAACAUGCUCCCUCAGUCGAUAGACACCAUAGUUAAAGAGCUCAUUUCAGAGAAUACGAAUGAUAUGACGAAGGGGACAACUGAUAGCCUUGAACCUGAAAAAUUAUCUGAUUCUGCAACUGUUCCUGCUCACGCGAAACUCCCUGCUCCUAAACCAGUUAUAAUUGAAGAUACGAAGAUGGAAGAAGCUGAUAUGAAGGACACCACAUCAACUGACAAAGUUCAAGGGACUGCUGAUUCAGCUACAAAGAAACCUGAAACUUCUGGAGAGGCAAAAAUAACUUUGGCCACAGAAUCGAAACCAGAAACAGUCUUCCAAAUGCUACCCGAAAUAACUCCCGAACCUACAACUACGAAAAUCGAACCUGAAUCUCCGGCACCUGCCGAAAAAGUUGAAGACGUUGAGCCUGCAAAAACGAAGACUCAUUCUGAAAUUUCGGAAACCACCAAGAAAACUGAGAAUUUACUUUCUGUUGAGUUAGUGGCACCGGCAACAGUCCAGCUGGAUGCUGAAGCAACUGAAAAAGUCGAUACCGUUGCUACUUCCGGUGACGCGAAUAAUGAUCUCGUAACUAAAACACCGAUGGAGACUGGGGUAAAAACUGAGCCAACUGCAGCUGCGGAGAAAAAACCAGAAACUAUGUUGAACGAAUUAGCGGACUCUGUAUCGAGCAUGAUAUCCCAGAUUUCGGAAACCAUGAAUUCCAUGGUCCCGAUUCCUGAGCAAUCGGAGAACAAGGAUGAGCCUGUGAAGCGAGUCGAGGAUGGAAUGAAGGAGGAAGCCACUAUGGUGAAGGUCGAGAUGCCGGAGUCGAUGGCUACAGUGACGAGCGAAGAAACUAAACCUGCAGUUCUAGAUUCAUCGAACAAAGAAGAUAUCGUAAAAACUGAGACAACCGAAACUGAAAUUAAAAUUGCAGCCAGUAACCCACCGACAACCUCCGAGGUAGCAUCCACUGAACCCGACCUGAAAAUCGAUUCGCAAAAGCCAGAGAUUCCAGUAAACAACAUGGUUUUACCUGUAGUUGAUGAUACUAAAUCUGCUAGCCCUGACGCACCUAAAGCAGAAACAAUUUUUGAAGGUGGUACCAACCCCAACAGAGCCGAGGCUGCAUCUGUAGUGGACGAUAAAACAGAAAUAGUAAAAACUUCUGUAGAGGAUCCUGAACCCAUAGCGAUUAAACCAGAAGCAGAGGAUGUGAUGACCGGGCAGGCAGUGUCGAAUCCUGUGGAGAAAUCUAAGCCAGAAGUUGUCGUAGACAAAAUGGAAGUUACAAUGAAUGAUGAAAGUAAAAAAGAAACUGCAACCGAAUCCAAUGGACCCUCGGACACAGAGACGCCGAUAGUAAGGAUUGACAUUGAUGAAGCAAAGCCGACAAAUUCAUUGAUCAUGGACAGUCCAAGCCCAACCGAGUCACCAGUUGUGAGGAUUCAGAUGAUGAAUCCCGUCACUACGAUCAAUCAGAUGAUCGACGCAGCACCUGCACAGGAUCCCUCAAUUGUCAACGUCGAGCCGAUUUCUUUCAACGACAAAGACAUGCAGACUUCUUCACCUCAAAACGUUGGAAGUGAUUUAAUCGCGGGUCCUCAACCAACGAAUCCAACCGAAGUAACAAAGCCUGAAGUUUCAUCCAAACCGGAAGUUGUACCCGUAGUAAAUCAGCUGCCUGAAAACACAGUGUCAACUGAUCAGGAGAACACCAAGUCUGAGCUUGAAAUUACUUCCUCUGUCAUUUCGAAACCCAAUGCCGAAAUUAAACCGAUGAAAACCGGUGACUCUGACGCCGUGCAAGCAGAAGGUAAGCCUCUACAGGCAGACAAAAAUGAGAAACCUGGAGCGGAGACACUAAAAACAACUGAGGAAUCGACAGAAAUGAAGCCAGAGAUUCAGGUCACGGAAGAUACUGCAGCUUCCAACGAAGACGUAACAAAAUUGGAAGCUCCCAUGGAACCGGUUCUCAUGACUGAAUCUUCAGAAAAUACUCCUGAAAAAUUGGCCCAAGAAAAUGUUCCGACUGUUAGCACGGAAACUUCUGCUAUGGUACCACCAGAAGUUGUUAUUUCUACGACCGUCGAGGUGGAGCCAAUUAAAGAUUUGCCUGAAACUAAACCUGAGUUAAUGAAAGACAAUGCUGCAAAACCACAGGUGCCUGAAGUGAAGCCUGAAAUGAGUGCUGAUUCAACUGAAACUGCAACUGACACAAUUAAAACCACAUCUGAAAUUAAAACCGAUUUUCUUUCAGACAAAACUGAAAGUAGACCGGAAGCAGUUGAAGCUCCCGAAACCACGACAAAAACCAUCGACAGUCCUAGUGACCCGGCUCAACAUAUGAUGAUCGUUGAAGGGGCUACAUCUACUGCUACACAAGUCAAUGCACAAAAGCCUGGCGAUAGUUCUGAUGUUUCUACGCUGGUAACAGCGAAUGGCGAUAAAAUGCCCGAAAACGCCGAGUUCGAUGGUUCGAACGAGAAAAUUGAGAUGCUGACCACACCAGCAAGCAAACCACUAGCAGUCGAAGCUUCCGCUGCCGAGACUGUUGAUGUAAAAAAAGACUCCGAAAUGUCCGAGGUCAAAGUGACCGACGAUUUACCCGCUGGACCUCAAAGCAGUGACGCGGUACAGGAUAUGAAAGAAUCUAGCAAGCCUUUGGCCAAGCCUGAGUUAGUUGAAACCCCGGAGCAGAAGCCUUCAUCUGAUGAAUUGCAGAAUUCUAAGCCAACUCUAGAAAAAAAACCGGCAUCAAGCGAAUUAGAAAAUCCUGUGCUUAUCGCAACUAUAGAGAAGGAGCCUUCAUCAAGCAAAUUAGACAAUUCUGAAAAUGUUCUAAUUGCAGAGAAAAAGCCUUCAUCGAAUGAAUCGGAUAAUCCUGUGCUGAUUGCAACUCCUGAAAACAUACCUCUUUCAAGUGAAUCAGAUAAAUUUGAGCCAGUAUCGACACUGGACGAGAAACCAUCGUCAAGUGACAAAGAUGUUUCCGACGAUACAAGCCCUAUGCAAGCGAAUGUCGAAAAAAUUUCAGUUCCGGCAGUAUCCCCUGAAAAACCUGAGGAGAAACCCGUUGUUACUGAAGCCGUAAAUGAACAGGACUCUACAAAGCCUACGGAUCUCUUAGUGAAAAUUGACGUUACUCCUGAAAAGAGUAAACCUGAAGUCCCUACGGUUACUGACUCGUCUAUGGCCAUGCCUGCUACAGAGAAGUUAGAGACGACAUCUGAAACCACAAAAGUUGAUGAUAAGAAGACUGCAGAGAAUCCUGAAAAAAUAGCUGUGGCUCCAGAAACUACAGUUGCCGCAAUGAAUUCGCCCGAAAAACCCCAAAGCGAUUCCGCAGUGAAACAUACUGACACUCAGCCUGCAGAAGCAGUAAGUACAAUUUUGUCGGAUUCGUUGUCCAAGGCUCCAGCAAACCCAGAAAUUCAGAUGGAUAAGGUUGAGACACCUGCGGUAUCGAAACCACAAGUACCGAAAGAAGACGAAGUGAAGAAAACGGCGAACAAAGUUGAAACUAAACUUCCGGAAGUAGCCACAAGUCCAGUAGUAAAAGUUGAAGCUCCAGAAACGAUGAAACCCGUAAUGAAGAUCGAAACAACUCCUCAAGCUACCCCGGAAAAUAGCCCCAUGAAAACACAGGAGGUUCGUGUUCAAGUAAAUGAGACCGCAGUACGAGUAACAAAACGUCCAGUUUCGCAAGAAGAUUCAAAGGUAUCUGAAAAUGAAAAGGAAAAAGUUAAGCCUACGAGUACUCCGGACUCGGUGAUUACAACAGUUGAAGUUGUGAGCCAGCCAAUUGAAGCUACAAAGGCACCGAGUGUUGAGAAGCCUGCCUCGGUCACCGAAUCGCAACAAAAACCGCAGGAGAGUGAUGAAAAGAAUCAGGUAACUGAUACCGCAACCAGUCAGGACGUGCCGAAGAUUGAUGAGAAAGUGAAAGAUUCCGAGUUAGGAUCUGUGCAGAAGAAACCGGUAGCAGAUCCUUACGUCAAGCUUGGUGAAGCACAGAAACAAAAACCUGGCAAUAACGCCAAACCAACGAAUCUAGACAACAAAAAAGGAGAGACCGAGGAUAAAUGGAGUCUGAUACCACAAAGCACACCGUAUCCCAUCCUUGAACAAACUGCAAAACCGAUUAUGGCAGAAGCCGCGUCGAACAACAAAAACGACGACGAAUCACAGCAUGUUUCUGUGGCACUGGAAGCGCAUCAAAGCGCCGUGAGUCUAGAUGAGAGUACUCGGCAAUUGGACAACGACGUCAGGAUGUUUUCAACCCUCUGCAAUGAGCUUUCGUUCAGCUUCUGGACCGCGACUAACAAAGGUCUGAGCACAGCCCGAUCCCUGGCUCUGUCCCCAUUCGGUAUGACGAGCAUGCUCGCCAUGAUGUUCCUUGGGGCCAGGGGCCCAACGUCUGGCCAGAUGAACGACAUCUUGAAGCUCGAUGACGUGGUGACGUUCAACCCUCAUCUCGUAUUUCAGAACGUGACCGAUAGCGUGAACCUCGCAAGAGGCCAGGGCAUCGCAAACGCUGCCUUCGUCAGGGAACUCUUCGCGGACCGAACAAAGGCCGGGAGGCUUCUGCCCUUCUACAAAGAGCGAGCCCAGCAGUUCUACGAUGGACACAUCGAGGAGGUGAACUUCGCAGCCAUCAGCGACCUCGUCAGGCGCAGAACGAAUCUGCUGAUCAGACGCCAGACUGGAGGACGGAUCCGCGACUUUGUCAAGGGCAACGUCAUGCCCCUCAGGUCACCGCUCGCUGCCCUCUCUGCCAACGUCUUCCAGACCGACUGUACUGGCGCCAGUUCCGAAGGCAGAGACGGCGAAAUGUACUUCGCAGUUCUGCCUGCGGUGAGACAGAGGAAGCUCAUUCCGGUACCCGCGACAGUCUGGAGGUCGGGAGUACUCGCUGGAUACGAACCGGGACUUGAUGCUACCGUCGUGUCCAUCGGUGGUGUCAGCGACUUGGUCUCCACAAUCUUCCUUCUGCCUGGCCAACAGGGUCUCGCCGCACCCGGCGACAGUCUUGAUCACCUCGAGCGAAGACUUAUUGAAGGGGCUUUCACAAAGGGGACGUGGAACAGACUACUCAAGGUCCUCAUACCUAGGAUGGGUCUUGAGGUUCAGGUUCCGAAGUUUAGUCACCGUUCCAUCGUCAACGCCACGGCUGCCCUCAAACGCAUGGGGCUCGACGAACUUUUCUCCACAAACGCUGACCUUAAAGGCAUUAAUGGAGUUGGGAACGAUCUCCAUCUUGCUGAUAUGCUUCAAAUCAAUUUGUUCAGCACCUGCGGUGACGAGGCAAUAAACGGUGGUCGUCAUCACAUUGAAAUAUACCCAGCCGGUCCGUUGCGAGGAGCUCGCAUCGUGAAAAACAACACCGAAAGCAGGCCAGAGGAUCAUGAAGUCGAGUUAAAUCCAAGCGAGGAUGAAGCCGAGCAUGAAACGCGAUCCAGGAGAAGCGUAAGCGUGGCGGAAUACGUCCAGGAAUUCCACAACAUGGAGAAGAGGUCGGUGUCUCAGUCGAACGAGGAAGAAUUGCUAGCAGGCAACGAGAACUCCGAGGAAAGGUCGGAACGUGCCUCGAGUAAACUGAGAGAGCCACUAGGAAGCAAGGCGAAACAAUCUAGUAGACCACUGCUCAAAUUGGACAGACCGUUCUUGUACUUUGUGAGACAUAAUCCAACGGGGAUGAUCCUUCACAUGGGACGCUUCAAUCCACGCCUAAUGCCCUAGGAAUGGAGAAAUGUUUCACACGGUUUGCAGUGAGGAACGUACAGUUUAAAUUGUAGUACGUUCACCGUCGUUAUUUUAUAUUGUGGAUAUAUAUAGUAUAAAAAGGACACGGACGGACAGACGGACGGAAUGAUCCUAGAUUCGAGGUCUGCCCGAACGAAGGCAAUUAAACCGAUGCUCAUACUCGGGGCUCGAUUUUUGCAACGUGAGAACUUGCAGACAGGACGAAUAAUCAUUUGUAAAUAUAUAUAAAAUUAUUAUAUAUUGUAUGCAGAUAAUCGACUCGCUCAAGAGUUUGCAGGUUAUGGUACUACUAGUUGUAUUUAUUCAUUGACGCAGAACUAGGAUGGGAUAUCGUUUUUUUAUAAUUAUAAUUCAUAGCAAAUUUAACGAUAAUUGAACGUUUCCCCCCAGUUCCGUGUCGAUACAUACGCACGUCUCAGACAAGAUCAAAACCUAAAUCUUAAUCACGGUCCAAACUACGAAACAAUUUUAUAUGAUACGACUGUAAUUAACUGUUCCAUUUUUGGUGUUUUUUAUUUAUUUUAUUUUUUUUUUUCUAUUUCUUGUGUUGUAUUUAUUUACAAAUGAGCAAUCCUAUCGAAUUCAUAUCGCACUAAACGACAAGAGUGAUAGUUGAAAAUUUUUUGUAUUUCUUUUUGUGCUUGGGCUCUGAUUGACAUUGUUAUACAUACGUACAUUAUAUAUACAUAUAGUAUAAAAUAUAAAUAUACAUUCUAUGACUAACAAAGAAGAAUAAAAUGAUAAUAAAUACCUAUAGUAUAAACUUGAAGCAUACUUAUUAUCGAUAAUUAGUAUACGCACUUACAUUAUAGCCUACUUAUACAUACAUGUAUUUAACCGCAAAGUAUUAACAUGAAUGCAGAUGAUCACGCGCUGUGUAUUUGUAUAUUGCAUUUUGAUACGGAUAUGCAGUGCACAUAUAAUCAACUAUACUCGCACGACUUUGAAAUUCAAGUACCUACUCAAUACGCACGCGCAUUACGUUUUUAUUCGAAACACAGUGUUACUUGGAAAUUGAAAAAUGAAAAAAAUGCACGAAAUUGCGAUACCGCUGCUCGUAACAUUACUUUACGCUACAGCAGCGGACUCUGUUUUCCUUCCUUCCUACUCGCUAUUUGUAUUAUCUUUUUAUACCAUCGCAUCGCCGAUAAACACGAUGAUACGGAAUCGCGUGAAACUCGGUCAGAUAAAUGUAACAAGUAAAAUAAAAUCGUGUACCAAAAUAUUACCCGUAUACAACGGUCUAUGUGAAGUGGUAAUGAUAAUGAAAUUGAUAAUAAUCACAAUAAACACUUUCUCAGAUCG